AUGACGACGUUUGCAGUCUCUACCAAGAUGGUCGCUGCUUACACGGGCGCGACGACGCACGACGACCCAGUACGGUCGCUGCUCGAGUACACGAAACAAGACUGCGAGAGCAUUCUCCAGUCGUCGCCUCUCGAGGACGCCAUCGUGCACAGCGAGAGUGGCUUUGUCUUUGGUGCCAUUCAAGCGUACAACCAGCACCACAACCUUUCCAUUCGCCCCGACGACGUCUGGCUCGCAAUCACGAUCCAGUUUGGCUUGUACGUCAAUGGUCACGCCGAGGACCUCCGCCACCUCUUUGUCCGACACGAAGGACAGAAAGAGCUCACAGUGAAAAUGUCUGGCUCGAUGCGCUCGAUUGAGGUCGCGGAUCUUGCCGCGCAAAUGCUGCAACAGAUGGAUACGCACCUUGCGGAUCCAGCGCUGAGAGCGUGGUUGCUCCCAUGCUUCUCGACGACAACGGAAGACGACAAGAUCGUUGGGAGCAUCGUCUUGAUGGCGGCCAUGAAGAAGUACUUUACCUACAAGGCCUGUCUCGCCUGUGGCAUUCCGUUCGUGACCCUUCUUGGGACCGUGCAGGACUGGGAAGACAUUCGCGCGCGCGUCGACAAGCUUGCAGCGUACGGCGACCGUAUGACCGAGUGGUCGGCAAUGCUUGCACCGAUUUUUGACCAGUUUGUGCUGGCUGCAAAAGGGCAACCUGACGUCGGGUUUUGGAGCCGAAUUUGCCACGAGUUCGGCGGCCACUCGGGUCCACGGUACAUUGGAGGCUGGCUCAGCGUCUUCUGCGUGUUUGAUCAAGUCGGACGGUGGCAAGGCGAGAACAGCGCCAUCAAUAUGCUUGACGGGAAGCUCCGGUCGCGCCUCAAGGAGUUUCCUACCGUGUCCAUGGAUGACAUUCCACCGGGCUAUCUCACAGUCGACGUGGCCAUCGACGACAACGGCGAGAUGUACAAUGCGCUCUUCUUUGGUGGGCACAUGAGCUUCGGUUUUGAGGAUCCAAGCGCUAGCUCCCGCAUGCGUCGGAUCAAGAACAGAUCUGCGUAUCUUCGCACCAACGAGCCUGGUGGGUGGGACUACGAACACUUUGCCGACAUCGUGGCGUGGGCCCACGAAAAGCGAUGCGAAUCCAAGGUCGCUUUCUUUGGCGACGAGAUCCCAGCGUCCGAAGACGAUAUGGUGCCCGCUAUUGCUCGCAUGCAGCCCGGACGCAAAAACGAAGUGAUUGUUCUCAAAACUUUUACCCACGAGUACGCCGACGAGCGUGGUGGUCCUGCGACAUCGAUUGGGGUAGUCACGUCCUCUCGUGGUUUGAUGGGCAACAUGCUACGAUGCAUCAAGGAUCAAGAGACCGACCUCUUGGUGUCGAGCGACGGGACGUACAAAUUGCACUUCGGGCAGUGGACCUUGGUGGACGUCGGCUCAACGCGCAUGGUCUAUAGCGAGGGCAAGAGCGUCUCGUCAUUUGUGCCUUGGGCGUACCUUUUUGUCCGCUCCGAGUGUCAACACGCGUACGCCCAGCUAAAUGAGACGCUGACUCGCUCAGCCGAACUCUUUUUCGAUGCACGUCUUUCGCCCGACGUCGUUUGCAUGGACCACGCACCGGCAAUCCGAAAUGCGGCUCUUGAAGAGUGGGACGAAGCACGACCGCUUGACUGCUGGCCGCAUUGCAUCCGCAACGCCCGCAAGACACGCUCGAAGCUCAACGUUGAUGGGCAGUAUGAGGCCAUGAUCAAGCCGCAUCUGCAUUUGCUCCAUCUGGCACGCAACAGCAAGCAAUUCGACGUCCUUGGGAAGAGCGCCAUUGCAUUCUGGACAGAUGAAGGAGAAGCGACCUACGCCGAAGCUUUUGCAGACGAAUACCUGUCCAAUGACUGGGGCUCGUGGCACGUUUCGGCGAGCGAUGUGCCGGGCGUGAUGGCCAACCAAAACCCGAUCGAGGCGCACCAUCGCACGAUCAAGCGCAUGGUCAAGUGCAAAGCGUCGACUGCUCACGUCUUAAACAUCGGCCUUCCCGCUAUUAUCGCGAUAGAGCUGCCUCAUGGCGACGGUGGGCCCUUCAAGAACAUUUGUGCCCAACCAGUAUCGGCCCGACAAUUGCUCGAUGCCGAGGAAAUUGCCAGCGACCCCCGCAACUACGCGGCAGCUACGGUCGAAGGCAUCGGCAGUGGUUACGUCGUCAACGCGAGGAAAUACGUAGUGCGCCCGUUCAACAUCAACAAGAUGACCGUAACCAAGGGUCGCGUCAAAAGGUUCUGCGAAUCUCUUCGGGGCCAUCUCGGCCAUCUCCCCGACUUCAACGACAUGGAGAAGCUUUUUUUGUCGCUGUAUUUCGUGUCGGUCGACGAAGCCGUUGGUCCCAUCCCAAGAGUCAUUGACCGAGCGUGGACUCUUGGCGAGAUCUACAUCAUCCGUCGUAAGUUUAAAUGCCAAUGCAAGGGCUACUACUCGACGGGAUGGCUAUGUGUCCACAUCUUGGCUGUCAUGUCGCUGACCGACGACUUGGACCUUGAUGUGGCGUUGACCCUUGUCCCGGUGCGCCGGGGCCCCGGACGUCCCGCGCGCGAGGUGAACUGCCUCGACCGGUUCCGCAGAUCGCGCGGCAAGUUCAGCCAGGCAAGACUCAUCAAGCAGUUCACAGAGAAAUCCGCGUCGUGCUACGGCUGGGUCGUUGCGCGCCAAGGUAGAAUCACCAGCUGCGACGGCACCCAAGGACCAGGCCUCAUCUUCGGCCUCAUUCUUAAGCCGCGAAAUGGACCGAUCUGGACCUGGGAAGUGCGCUACACCGAUGGCGUCCUCGCCGAGCACGGUGCCCAAGCUCUUGCAAAGGUCGUCGCUUUCUCUGCCGAGCAAGGAGUCAACGUGACGUCGCACAGGCUCAGCAGCAUGGUCCGCCAAGAGUUUACGUAG